ACUAAGUAGUCUAGGGAAUCUGGUAAUAAAAAAGAAAAAGGAAAGAACAAUUUUUGAAAGUACAUGAAAGAAAUAAGAAGCAAAGGCCCAUUAGCUUCUGUUUCAGAUUUGCUGCCAUCACACUGGUUUCACCCUUUGGAGCAUUUGUUUCUGCCAGAAACAUGAGCUAGGUGAAGGUUACUCAUAUGUUAAUUGAAUAUCAUGCACAUGGUGCCAGAGGUUGAUGUCGGUGGAAAUGGACUUCGUAUUUGUGCUUUUGCUAUUGGCUAGUGUACGUUCUUUGGCGCUGCCUGAGCCUGAUUUACAAGAAGAUGCACUAUUUGCAUUGAAGAUAUCACUGAAUGCUUCAACUAACCAGCUUACUAAUUGGAACAAAAAUCAAGUAAACCCUUGUACUUGGUCCAAUGUUUACUGUGAUCAGAAUAGCAAUGUUGUUCAAGUUUCAUUAGCAUUUAUGGGAUUCACAGGAUCUUUGACGCCAAGAAUAGGAGCUUUAAAAAGUCUUACAACUCUUUCUUUGCAAGGGAAUAGCAUCACUGGUGGCAUACCAAAAGAAUUUGGAAACCUUACAAGCUUGGUUCGAUUGGAUUUGGAAAACAACAGAUUAACUGGUGAAAUACCAUCUUCCCUUGGUAAUCUUAAAAAGCUUCAAUUCUUGACAUUGAGUCAAAACAAUCUCAAUGGGACUAUCCCAGAAUCACUUGCCAGUCUCUCGAGCUUGAGCAAUGUUCUGCUAGAUUCAAAUGAUCUAAGUGGGCAGAUCCCAGAGCAGUUAUUCAAAGUUCCUAAAUACAAUUUCACUGGAAAUAACUUGAAUUGUGGCGUGAAUUAUAACCAUCUUUGCGCAUCUGAUAAUGCAGAUCAAGGUUCAUCCCACAAACCAAAAGUAGGCCUCAUAGUUGGAAUAGUUAUAGGUUUAGUUGUUAUUCUUUGUCUUGGUGGCCUGCUGUUCUUCUGGUGCAGGGGCUACAAGCGUGAAGUUUUUGUAGAUGUUGCAGGUGAAGUUGACAGGCGAAUUGCAUUUGGUCAAAUAAAAAGAUUUUCCUGGAGAGAACUACAGAUAGCUACAGACAACUUCAGCGAGAAAAAUGUUUUAGGACAGGGAGGUUUUGGAAAGGUUUAUAAAGGUGUUCUAGCUGAUGGCACAAAAGUUGCUGUCAAAAGGUUAACUGAUUAUCAAAAUCCUGCUGGCGAUGCAGCUUUCCAGCGUGAAGUCGAGAUGAUAAGCGUAGCUGUCCAUAGGAACCUGUUACGGCUUAUUGGGUUUUGUACUACUCCAACUGAACGCCUCUUAGUUUAUCCCUUCAUGCAGAACUUAAGUGUUGCCUAUCGUCUAAGAGAAAUCAAACCUGGGGAACCCGUUUUGGAUUGGCCUUCAAGAAAACGAGUGGCUCUGGGAACCGCCCGUGGCCUAGAAUAUCUUCACGAGCAAUGCAAUCCUAAGAUUAUUCAUAGGGAUGUGAAGGCAGCUAAUAUAUUACUAGAUGGAGAUUUUGAAGCAGUUGUUGGUGACUUUGGUUUGGCUAAAUUAGUUGAUGUUCGAAAGACUAAUGUGACAACUCAAGUUCGUGGGACAAUGGGCCAUAUAGCUCCCGAAUACUUGUCCACAGGAAAAUCUUCAGAAAGGACAGAUGUUUUUGGUUAUGGGGUUAUGCUUUUGGAGCUUGUUACAGGUCAACGUGCAAUUGACUUCUCACGUUUGGAAGACGAAGAUGAUGUCUUAUUGCUUGACCAUGUUAAGAAACUGCAACGGGAGAAAAAACUAGAUACUAUUGUUGACAGCAACCUUGAUAAAAAUUACAACAUAGAAGAGGUUGAAAUGAUUACACAAGUUGCGUUACUAUGCACGCAAGCAUCGCCAGAGGAUCGUCCAGCAAUGUCAGAGGUUGUAAGAAUGCUGGAGGGAGAAGGUCUGGCUGAAAGGUGGGAGGAAUGGCAGCAUAUGGAGGUCACUCGGAGGCAUGAUUUUGAGAGACUACAAAGAAGAUUAGAUUGGGGAGAAGAUUCGGUUUAUAACCAUGAUGCCAUUGAGUUGUCGGGUGGAAGAUGAGAAUAUUCAUAAUUUUAGACCAUUUUUUUUUUUAUGUUGUAUAAUAAUAUCCCUUUUUAACAGCUUUAUUUGAUUUUAAAAUGUAGGUGCUAUUGUAUUCCAAGUGUAAAAAGA